AGCAGCAGCAGCAACAACAACAACAACAACAGCAACAACAACAACAACCACAGCAGCUACAGACAAACGUACAACCGGUGAUGGAGUUCACGGCGCAGGUGAAUGCUAUGCAGCAUCUAAAGGACCAGCUGGAACAGAGGACGAGAUUGAUCCAGGCCAAUAUCCAGCGGCAGCAGGACGAGUUGAGACACAUCCAAGAGCAGCUGCAGAGAGUCCAGGGACAAGGCAUACAGAUGUUGCUGCAGCAGCAGGGUGGAGCAAUGAAUGUGCAGCUCCCCCAGGUAGGGUCGGUCCAACAAGCAACUACUUUGACCAGUCAGGUCCAGCAAACAACAAUUAACCCUGUCCAUUCAGGAACUCAGCAGCUCACCAUCCAGCAACAGGCACCACCCCCUCAACAGAACCUACAGCAGCAGACCAACGCCCUCACACAGCCCCAACGCCAGCCCCAGCAACCUUCGCAGGCUCAACCCCAGACCCAGGGCUCUGUAUCUGCUCCACUAUACAACACUAUGAUGAUUUCCCAGCCAGGGCAACCCAACGUGCUGCAGAUCAGCACCAGCCUGCCGCAGAACAACACACAGCAAGGCACCGCCGUGGCCACCUUCACACAGGACCGACAGAUCCGGUUCCCAGCAGGACAGCAGCUCAAGCUUGUGACUGCCCCAAUGCCGUGUGGAGCAGUCAUGGUGCCCACCUCCAUGUUCAUGGGACAGGUGGUCACUGCGUACAACCCCUUUGGUGGUCAACAGCAGGGAGGGCAAACCCAGACCCUGACUCUCCAACCAGCCCAGCCACCCCAAGGUCAGCCCGACGGCCAAAACCAGACAACUGUAGUGGCGCAGGGUGGCCAGCAGGGGCAACAGCAACAACAACAGUUCCUACAGGGCACUCGUCUUCUCCACAGUAACCAGUCUACCCAGCUGAUUCUGCAGGCAGCUUUCCCUCUCCAGCAACAGGGCACCUUCACCCAGGCAACACACCAACAGCAACCACAGCAACAACAGCAGCAGCAGCAGCAGCAGCAACAACAGCAGCAACAGCAACAACGGCAACAGCAGCAACAACAAUCUCACCACCAGAGGCACCAGCAGCAGCUGAAACCACAACCCCAGAAACAGCAGAAAGCCCCGUCAUCGCACAGGACUGACAGUGUCAGCAGCCAACCUCAAUAAAGCCCGGAGGAAAACGCGUGUUAAGUUAGAAAAUCUGGGGACCUGAAACUCGUAAGAGAUUGCUGCACACAUUUGCUUUGGUCGUGUGGCCAACAAACAAACUUCAUUUUCCGCAAAAUCGUUGCCCUCCCUUCUUCCAUCUGAAAGAAAUAAAUCAUAGGAAAGAGGAAAGCCUGUGAGUCUGCAAGGGAACUCACCAAGGACUGUUGCCAUGGCAACAGGAUGGAUUAUAAUCCCUUUUUCCCUCAUCGGAGGCGGAAUGGUGAGGGAGCUCUAGUCUCCGUGGAAACCCAACAAAAAUCCAGAGAACACCUUAUUGCCACGGUAAUGACAGACUUUUUUUUGGAAGGUGUGUCACAGUGGACUGACCUUGUACAAAUUUACUGUAUGAUAAAAAAAACUUGUAAAUAUCCUAUAUAGCCUAACAGGAAACAGAAAUGUAGUAUUUUAUAUGAUUGCAUGGAAAGAAUAACUGUGUAAGCUUUUAUUAGUCGCUUUUGAAAAAUGACUUUUUACUUUGUUCAAGUGUUUUCUGGUCAAAGAUGGAGCAGUGACGUGCUCUUCUCUCACUCAGAACCCCUUCUCUCCCUCCCCGUCUCUUAAAAAAAAACAAAAGUCCAGAAUAAGGCUUUAAAGUUAUGUCAGUUUGUUUAAAAAAAAUGGUUGGGCUUGGGGUUUUUUUGUGGAAGUUGUGUUUUUAAACACUGUCUCUGAGACAAAAAUGGCUGUUUUUAACUUUGUAAGUACACAUUAUGUUUGGCAAGAAACUAGAUUACAGUUUAACUGAAUUAUUCGCAGGAUGAUCACUGUACAUGUAACGGGUUUAGUGAUUCCAAGUGCCAAUAACAUAGUCAAUUAUGUUUUUAUUUCGAGCAGACUAUUCAAAGGCGUAUAUAUAUUUUCCAACAAGAUAUUACCCCUAAUAAAGUUAAUGCGUGUGUAUAUAGUAGGGAUUAUUUUUUAACAGUCAGAGAGCCCUAUACGUAACAAACAGUAUAUCCUCAACCUCCUGAAACUUUAGCACUUGAUGUGGUUGUGUACAGUAAAUCACUGUCAAGACCUAGUCGUUUGUAAUCUGUGGUGUGAUUCUGUGAGUGUGUGUGUGUGUGUGUGUGUGUGUGUGUGUGUGUGCGCUGUGUGUGCUUGUUGCCCCUUGUGUCUUACAAUAAUUGACUUAGUAAGGGUGAAGUUGAAGUUGCUGGAUGGUACUUGUAUUCUCAGGAAUGUGGAAAGUUUUUUGCUUCUGCCUCAGUCUGGAACCAGACAAGGAAGGAUUAGACAGUGAUGCUGCAAAGACCAGAGCAAGAAGUGUCAUGAAGGGUGUGGUGACUGAAUCAAAUUCGACCCAGAUUUCCUUAUUAAUACAGUGUGAUGGGAGAAGUCUACAAAGAGAGUAAACGUGCUAUUCUUUUGUAAAGGGGAGGGGGGUUGUUGAGCUACGACAGAGUAGAAAUUGAAUUUUCAACUCUUCACCCAGACUUCAUUAUACCAGCGAACCUUCAUUUCUACUAACGGUCUCAUGGUCUUCUGUCUCACCAGUGUUUCAUCCUUCUUUCUCUUCCUAGGCCUCAGAAACCCUCAUGCAGUUCAGUUCACUCAUUCACUCUCAGUUCUCAAACAGCAGUUAAAACCAGGGCUGUGCCCAAGGCCAUUUCAGUUACAGAUGGAAAUGGGCUCAGCCCCUGUACUACAGUUGUAAGCCAUAUCAAACAGAAAAGCCUUGGAGUGGGGGAAGUGUAAUGGUUGGCAAAGGAGCAUUUAGAAUGUGUUGUUCUGUCUCUGAGUGUAGUAAAGACUGUGUGUAUGUGCAUGCGCGUGUGUGUGUUUGUGUGUAGUUUUAACGUCUCCUCUUCUUGAUACUACUUCUUGUAUCACUCGGGGGUCAGUAUUGGUUUCCCCUGGCGAUAGCCAAUCAGUUCUUGCGUUGCAGUAUAAAGAAAUAAUUGUAAUAUUCAAGAAACUUCCUCUCCAGUUGGGCUCAGUAUUCUGCAAAGCCCGUGUGUGGGACAGCUCAACUUGAAUACGUGUUUGUGUGUGAGUGAGAGUUUGUGUGUAUGUUAACCGUCACUGUAACCCAUUAUAUUUUCAUAUGGAAACAGAUGUGUGACUGAAAAAGAAUAGAUGUUAGGCAAUGCAGAGCAUUGGUCAUGUGUCUGGCUAUAAAGAAUAUGGGCAGUGUUAUUGUUUACUGUGACAGACUGCUCAACAAACACUUAUCACGGCAACUACACAUCAGGCCAGUCCCAAAUGGUAACCCUCUGAGAUAAGGUUUUAAUUUAGAUUGGGAAAUUUGUGUGACAAAUCCUCUUCUUGUCUUUGUCCACAGAUAGGGAAUAGAACAGAAUAUUUACAGUGAGGGUGUUACUAUUUGAACCAGGUCCUCUAACCCAUCACAUAGCAAAUAUAGAGCUAUAGACUAGUUUGUGUUUAAGGCAUCACUCUAAAGGGUAAUGUUGAAAUGUUUAUAGUUUGUGUCACUGAUACCCAGCCCAAAGAAUGUAAAGGUGUUUUAAAGAGACUAAUGGAUGUUUGGAUGUUGUAACUGUUGAUUAUGGAGAACCUUUUGACAGGCUUUGUGAUGAAGGAAAAUGUGGGGUGUGAACGAAAAUCAUGUCUCUCACUGCAAGGAUCCACCUAUAGAAUCUGAAAUACAAUCUCAUUUACAGGCUUUUGCAUUGUAAAAGAACCUCUGAAUGUUUCACCAUGACAAACUUUACUGUUUCUGUUUGUACAACAAUCAUUUUCUGACAACAUCUGGCUGGAGAAAAAAAAAAAAAGAGUUUUAAAAGCUGUUGAAAGGUUUAGGUGUAGGAUAUUUGAAAUGGGAUAGCCCCCGGCCCCCUCCACAGAGAUACACAGAUCACCUUUCCACUACACAAUUUGGUUCUGAAGAGUCCUAGUUCUAGUAUAAAACUGUACACAUACACAAAGCUAAGAACACCAGUAUUCAGUGUAAAACGGUGCUAUGCUUACCUGUACUGUAUGUAUGUAUAUUCCUUCUUCUGCUCUUGAACUGUGCUCCUUUAUCUACCCCAAAGUCAAAUGUAAUAAUCAAUAUUUUGAAGCAAAAUGUUUGCUCUUAUUAUAACCCCGCCCCCUGUCCCCUCUUGGUCAAUUUGAAAAAUAAAAACAGUUGCAAAUAUUA